UCUAUCCUGCAAGACCGGUGACGGCACAGCUCGCUGGAAGAUAGCUUUUCGGCCUAUCGCCGGAUGUCUGCUACUGUGAGCCGGCGUUCGUCUAGCACUCUCAUUAAGGUUUGUAACUCUCUAAGUUCUAAUACUGCGGCCGGUUUACUCUCAAAAGCCCCAAUUUUUCAAUGCUCACACUGCUUCAAUACUUCAUCAUCUUCCAAUCAUAAAUGUGAUUACCUUGUGGAUUUUUCACCUCUUAAGGAUUUAAAUAGUGAAGAUGCUGUUAUAAAUCUGAAUGAGAGGCGUAGAAUCGUAUUAGGGUUGGGGAAAAUGAUUAAAACGCAGUCAGAUUUUGUCUUGAAAGAAUUUUCUCGUGAAUUUUGCCCUUUUUUGUUAGUAAAUAUCAUGAAAUUGUUUGGAAACCAAGAAGGCGCGUUUGCGUUUUUCAAAUUUGUGUUCAGAGAGGAGUCAGAUAGGAUAGUUAGGUCUUGUUGCCUUGCAUGCCAUGUAUUAGCCAUGCAGGGGUUCAGGAUUGUGGCACAGGAUGUGUUAUCGUGGAUGAUAUGGAGAAUUGGAUCGUCCAGAUGUCAGGAGGUGGUGGAAUUUAUGUGGAGAGGGCAUUGGGGGCAUGAGUCAGAUUUUUCAGUUCUGGAUUCAGUUAUGCGUGCUUUCAUGACUGUUGAAAUGAAUUCACAGGCAUUGGAGGUUUUGGGGAAAAUGAGAAUGAUUGGACUGCAGCCGGGUUUGUCAGCACUUUCAAUUCUCUUUAGACUGUUGCUUAGAGUAGGUGAUUAUGGAAGUGUUUGGAAGCUAUUCAGAGAUAUGGUUAGAAAAGGGCCCCGUCCUUCUAAUAUCACAUUCAAUGUGAUGAUUCAUGGGUUCUGUAGGAAGGGGCAAGUUCAUAUCGGAGAGACUUUGUUACAAUUGAUGAGGAAGUUUCUGUGCGAACCGGACGUUUAUACAUAUAACAUUUUGAUCAAUGCAUACUGCAUCCGUGGACAAACUUUGGAUGCUUUGAGUUGGGUGCAGUUGAUGGUGGAAAGGGGUUGUAGUCCAAGUGUUGCCACGUUUAGUACAAUUAUCAAUGCCUUGAGCAAGGAGGGAAACAUUGUUGAAGCAAGGAACAUUUUUGAUGGAAUGCAAGACAUGGGUGUGUAUCCAAAUGCUAUUGUUUAUAAUGCGUUGAUGGAUGGCUUUGUUAAGGCUAGAGAAAUUGGUCAGGCGUCUAUGCUUUUCCAGGAAAUGAGGAACAAUCAUGUUAAGGCCGAUGGUGUGACGUUUAACAUUUUGGUUGCAGGGUACUACAAAUAUGGAAGAGAUGAGGAUGUGGAUCACUUGUUAAGAGAUCUAUCCAUGUCUGGGUUGCUUCACGAUUGUUCAUUGCCUGAUGUAUUGGUAGCAAGAUUGUGCUGGGCAGGACGACCAGAAGAGGCAACUGAACUUCUAGAGGACAUGCUCAAGAAGGGUUUGCCCCUUACAGUAAUUGCUUUUAAUUCUAUAAUUUCUGCUUACAGCAAAGAUGGAUUAGAAGAGAAGGCAUUUGACGCCUAUCUUAUGAUGAUUAAGCUUGGCAUAAAACCUUCAUCGUCCACUUGUAAUGCAUUGCUCAUGUGUUUGUCAAGAAAGGGCAAGCUGCAAGAGGCCGAGGAGCUUAUGUGUGAGAUGAGAGAGAAGGAAUUUCCAGUCAAUAGAAUGACCUUUACUGUGCUUGUAGAUGGAUACUUUAAAAUUGGGAACGUGAUGGGUGCUCAAAAGUUGUGGUUACUUAUGGAAAACACAGGAACGGCUGCAGAUGCUGUUAGCUUUUCAGUAUUCAUUGAUGGAUUAUCUAAAGCUGGUCUAGUUGAGGAGGCAUAUAAUGUGUUCUUAGAAAUGAAAAAUAAAGGGAUUGUGCCAAGUAUUUUCUCUUAUAAUUCUUUGAUUGGCGGAUUUUGCAAUGAUGGAAAAUUAAACGAGGCACUGAAGUUGGAGAAGGAGAUGAGGCAAAGGGGUCUUCUUCCUGAUCUGUUCACUAAUAAUAUUAUUAUUAACGGGUACUGUAAACAGGGUAGGAUGAAAUCUGCUAUUGAUACGUUUAUGGAAAUGCAUCAGUUUGGCUUGGUACCAGACAUCGUUACUUACAACACUUUGAUAAAUGGAUACUGCAAGGGAUUUGACAUGGUCAAUGCAGAUACUCUUGUUUAUAAAAUGUAUAAUAGUGGGUGGGACCCGGAUAUUACCACCUAUAAUAUUCGGAUUCAUGGUUUUUGUGGCAGUCGAAGGAUGAAUAGAGCCGUAUUGGCGUUCAAUGAGCUUCUUUCAUCUGGGAUUGUUCCAAAUACAGUAACGUAUAACAUAAUGCUGAAUGCCAUUUGCAAUGAUAUACUGGAUCGUGCUAUGAUCUUGACUGCAAAAUUGCUUAAGAUGGCUUUUGUUCCCGAUGUUGUGACAAUCAACUUGUUAUUGUCUCAUCUUCGUAGGCAGGGACUGCCAGAAAGGGCUUUGAUGUGGGGGGAACAUUUGAGGCAGAUAGGCCUUGAAUUUGAUGAAAUAACAUAUGGAGUUUUGGAAAGAGCCAAUCAUGACAUAAAAGGAGAUGAUGUAUAUUUAAGAGGGACAUCAGGAAAAAGUCUUUUCCUAGACUUCCUUAUGUACCUUACUUACGAUUAUUUGUACAGAAAUAGGCUUUACAGGGAAACAUAUACUUCUGGUAUAAGAAUGAUUAACAGUGGAUCUAGUAGUUCCUUAGAGGUGACUACUAGUAUUCUUCAACAACCAAUGUUAGAAGUCAACAAGUGAGUUAAAUGCAAAGAGAAAGGUUUCAGUUUCGAGAUGAGAGUCCAUGCAUAGAGUCUUAAUCUGGGGAGGUGGUCAGCCAGGAGAGUGGAAGACGGAAGGAUGGGACCGGGACUCAGGGAGACAUUUUCAACUGAUACCAGAGUUUGAUGAUUUUGAUCAGCUUCCUGAGGUCUUUGUGGAAGUCUCAGCUUCUGUUUGAAAGCACAAGAGCCUCUGUCAUAUGCUGAGUUUCAUAAAACAACCUAUAGAUUCUGCUUGUAUGGAGUUGCCUGGGGUGGUCAAGGAGACGGUCAGAUUUGUAGGUCAAAACUGAAUUCAUGAAUAUGGAUCGUAUGAUCUGCCUCAAGCAAAUGCAGUGGAUGCUAUUGCAGUACAUGGCUCAUAAAAUUAGCUCACAGAUGAUUGAAACCAUUAUUCCAAUAGACUCCCAUUUCUGUGAUGACGGUUGCAGAUUCGCAGCAGUAUUCUACAAAAUUAGCAAGGAAAUUUAUUAUCAUCCAAUCAUUUGCAAGCAAAAUUGACGUAUGUUUCACUGUUCUUGACUUCUUGCUUUGAGAACUUUGAAAACUAUCCCCACAUAGAAAUACGUUGGAUUAAUCGUUAGAUCUUGUAAAAUAAACAUGAAAAUCCUUAAACUGGAUCCUUGAUAUACCCUCCUCUCAUCCCCAGUUCUCAUUAUGUAUUGCACUCCCUUGGUCAUGUGAGUUGGAACAUUUUUGUUUAUUGAUAAAUUUCUAAACGAGAAUCAUGUAUUUGCCCCAUUAUUGUGAUCACAAUUUGAUGAGAUCUAAUUGGGCUAAAAGCUAGUUAUUGCUA